AUGAAAGGCACACAGGCAAUGCAGGGGCCCUUUGUGGAGAGCCAUGGGGGAGAGCCUCAGAACUGGGAUUGCAUGAAACUGUCCUUCAAAGCCUCUCUGAUGAGCACAGCUCCCUUGCCCCCUCCUGAUGGGACUUGUGUCCGGCCACUCAAACUCUCUGGCCAGACAUUUGGUCUCAGUCCGCUUUCUGGCAGAAAAGCUUCCCCCUUGCUUUCACACAGGUUGUGGAGCACACAGCAGGCCACCACCAUGAAGGGGGUGUUGUGCUUGCUGAGGUCCGGACAGGCUGUCCAUGUCAGGUUUCAUGAGCAAUGGGAGCAAGGGGUACGCUGUAUCAUCCAGGAUCACAAUGAGCAUGUCCACCACCCCACUCUGAUGGCAUGGUCAGGGAAAAAAGUGCCAGUGUGCAUCUUUCAGAAGGAGGAAGUAGUUCCGGAAGAUGUUGUGCACCUUUCCCAGCCAUCUAACACUGAUAUUGGUGAAGCAUCCUUUGUGAUCCAUGAGGGCCUGCAGCACUAUGGAGAAGUACUUCUUCCUGUUUAUAAAGUCCAAGGCAAAGUGGUCGGGGACCAGGACUGGGGUGUGAGUACAAUCUAUGGCUCUCACACAGUUGGGGAAGCCCAUGGCAGUAAAGCUGUUGAUGAUGCUGUCCACGUUGCUCAGAGUGACAACCCUCUAUAG